ACAGGAGGCAUUCCUUACGAAGGAUGGUCUCAAUCCACGACAAUGAAAAAAAUCGAAGAAGGUUAUCGUCUACCAAAGCCUGAACAUAUCGACGACAGUUUAUACGCGGUAAUGUUAAACUGCUGGAAAUACGAAAGCGCCAGCCGGCCAGACUUUGUGAAGCUCUACCAAACAAUGGAUACAUAUAUUAAAACAAAGACAUAUGUAGAUAUCUUUGACGAUGGCAAGUAUGAUCAGGAUAAGUACAACUUUGUCGAUGACCGUGGAGCUGUUGCAAACCCAGAAGAUGCAGGACCGGACGAGCUAGGAGCAGCUACAGCAAAUCUCAUCAGUGAAGUGGGUGAACAAGGUGCUACGGCACAUCCCUUUCUGGUUGCAGUGGACGAUGAUGCUACAUCUCUCCCUCUUGGAAUUAACGUAGAAGACGAAGGAGCACCUGCAACAGAUCCCGACCGUGAAGUGGCUGAACACGGUGCUACGGCACAUCCCUUUGUGAUUGCAAUAAACGAUGGUGCUCAAGCUUUCCCUUUCGCUAUUAACGUACCAGAGAAAGGGGCAGCUGCAGCAAAUCUCGCCCAUGAAGUGGGUAAGCACGGUGCUGCUGCACAUCCCUUUGUGGUUGCAAUUGACGAUGGUGCUACAGCUUUCCCUCUCGGAAUCAGAGUAGAAGAAGACGGUUGUACAGCAUACCCUUUUGAGAGUGAUAAGAAAGAUAUGGAUGCCCAAGCGUACCCUUUGGAGAGUGAUACUUUACCAUACCUUAGCGAGAACGAGGAAGAAGAUGUUGAUGACUCCGAGUGCCCUCUUGCGAUUGAGGAAGAAGAAAUUGAUCCUUUACCAUCCUCCCUGGAGAUGGACGAAGACAGUCUCGCUGCUUCAGCAUGUCCCCUUGUGACUGACCAAGAAAAUUCUGAUUCUUUAGCAUACCCCCUUGUGGUUGAGGAAGAAGAUUCCAAUAACUCAGCAUGCUCCCCUGUACCUGGGGAAGAAGAUUUGGAAGCCACAGAAUGCCUUUCUGUUACUGAAAAAGAAGAUCCUACCUCUUUCGCACGCUCCGCAAAUGAGGUGAACAAACCCGGUGCCUCACCAUUCCCUUGUGUGAUCGAAGAAGAAGAUCUUGAUUCUUUAGAAUACAAUCCUCUGAUCGAAAAAGAAGGCCUCACUGAUUCCGUCUUCCCUCCAGAAAUUCAAACUGAUGACGAAGAAGGUGUAACAAGUGGAACUGAAAAUACCGUUGGUUAUGAAGGUGCUGUGGCAGUUCAAUCUGAAAAGGAGGCAGUAGAAGAAGAACCUAAGACUUGCCAACUACAGUACACAAAGGAUGAACAAGACGAUCUUGGAAACUAUAUGGACGACCGAAGUGAUGCUAUGGACCUUUUUGACGGAGACGCUGGCGUACAAGAGUAUGAUGGUAAUCAACUUACUGCUGCGGAUAUAGACGAAACUGGAGGUGACGAAGACGAGGAGUCAUCUGAAGCAACUCCUCUUGUGCAGGACUGA